CCCCCCCCCAUGGAAGCGGAGGAGGAGGCGUGGAGACGGAAGCUGGAAGCUGGCAGGGCCAAGUUUGCUUACUUCAGACAACGAAAAGCAAAAGGCGACAACGCGCAGUCGCAGAAAAAGACGGCGAAGAGGAAGGGUUCGUCUGUCCACCCGCAUGACCUUCCGCAGGAAGAGCACGCAGUAGCGGCCCAAGGCGCCGGUAAGGGUAGAGAGGGUAAGGCUGGAGAUGCCAACCUACUGGAGCUUAAGGCUGGAGACACCAACCUACCAAAGAGUAAGUCUGAAGACGCCAGUCUACUUGAGAGUUAUGCUGAAGACACCAAUCUACUAGAGAGUAAGGGCAGAGACACCAACCUACUAGAGAGUUAUGCUGAAGACACCAACCUACUGGAGCUUAAGGCUGGAGAUGCCAACCAACUAGAGCUUAAGUCUGAAGAUGCCAACCUGCUCAAGCUUAAGGCUGAAGGUGCCAACCUACUACAGAGUUGUGCUGAAGACACCAACCCACUGGAGAGUAAGGCUGAAGAUGCCAACCUACUACAGACAACAACAGAGACAGAGGAUAAUGAGGUGCUGAGGAGUACAAGCACUGAGAAAAAUGAAGUAUUAGAAGCCCAGCAGCAGAUGUCCUUGUUUCAGAGCCGUAUCAGAGAGCAAAAUGCACAUUUGGAGAUGCUGCGUGAGAAAGCACAUGACCUGGAAGUACAGCUUGAGUCUUCUCAAAAGAAUACCAAAGAUAAAGAAAAUACAUUUGCCCAACUGGAAGAAAAUAUGGAAGAUACAAUUCAACAGCUAUGCCAAAACACAGAAGAAAAAGAACAAGAUGUUAAAAGUCUCCAAGAUCUAGUGGCAUCAGAAAGAUUGUCUGUACUACAACAUACCCUUUCUCUCCGUGACUCAGAGAUAACAGAAUUGAAAAAUGAAAUAGCUUUAUCCAAAAUGAAAGAACAACAACAUAUUGAAGAACUGACAAUCAGUCAUGAGAAGGAUAUUUGCAGACAGUUGGAGAACUUGAGGGCUGAGCUGGAGAAGUGCCACAGAAGAGAAAUUGCAGAAGCCAAACAGGUAUAUGAAGAAGAAAUGAUUUUAAAAUACAAAAAUGAACUUGAAGAAUUAAAAAGAGAACUCUCUGCUCUGAAUUCUGAAGAGCAUGUUCAGACUUUGAAUGGCAUAAUAAUUGACUUAAAUAAGAGUCUUCAUGAGUCUGAAGUUAAUAAAGAAUCUUUGAGAAAGAGACUUGAGAACCAACAGGAAGACUUUGAGAGAGAAAAAUCUGAAAUUGAGACUAAAUACAAGGAUUUGAUUGAUGGGCUUAAGUUGCAACUUUCUGGUGCAGAAGAGCAGCUCAAGGAAGCUGAGCAAUAUAAACAAGUAAAACAGUCCUCAAAUGGAGAGAUUCAGAAACUGAAUUCUUUCAUCAAGGCAUUAAAUGAGAAGCAACUUUAUGAGGCUAAACCCACUAUAGACAUAAGGCAAAAGUAUGAUGAAGAGAUUGUCUCCAAUAGAAAGGUAAUGAAAUUGAGGGAAAACCAGAUUUUACCAGAGAUGAGAGCAGAACUUGAUGAGAUGUGGAAUACGCCACACCAGUUAACAGGUGAAGAUGAGCUAGUUCAUGAAGAACUAGAGUUCCAGCAUGGCUUGAGAGUAGGCUCCUCAAGGGAUCAAUUAGUAGAAAUCAAGAAUUCAAAGAUCAUAGAGAAUAACGAAAACAGUGAAGUGUCUCAAGAACACUUGCCAGAAGUGGGGCUUUUUAGUGGUGAUGAAGGUAUGUUGGCUAAAUAUCUCAUCUCCACUGAGAGACCAGAAGAGUCUUACGCAUGUAGCGCUUCUGAAGGUUACGCCAUUGAAGAAGGUAGGUGCAGUAGGUACGGGUUAGACAGUAUGCUUCUAGAACGCAGCAGGGAUUUUUUAUCUGCAUUAAGCUUUGGCCUUGAUGAGGAAAUAAAUCCUAGUGAUUUGGCUCAAGAGACUUUUGAAGAGACUGAGGUGAGUGCAAAGGCCUUUGUUGCAUUUCUGUCAGAUAGCUCCCUGCACCAAAGCAAAAUAAGUGACCACGGUGGUGCUGUAAAGGAUGAUGAGACAACCAGUUUAGUAGAGAGAUGUCUAAAGCUAAAUGAGCAGCUCCAUGAGAAGGAGUCAGCCUUGAAGAAAUCAUCUCAGGAGACCCAAGAAGCUGUUGGAAAAUGGGAAAAAGUAAUGGCUGAGCUCUCCCAAAUGCGUGUGGAACUGGAUGAGGAACGUGAAGCACGGAUCUCUUGUGAGAAACAACUUCUUCAGAAAGCAGAGAAGGAGAAAGAACUUGAAAACAAAAUAAUGUUUCUAAUGAGGCAGCAGGGCGAGGAUGGAGAAGCUUCAACACAAGUGUCAAAAUCCUCUACCUGGCAAGACAUGAUAAAAGACCUCCAGGAGGAAAGAGAAAUGCUGAUGGUGCAGCUGCGAACACAGGAGCAAUUAGUAAAAGAUGUUCAAGAGCAGAAAACAGCUUCUGAUUCUGUAACAAGUGAAGUACAGUCUCUUUUUGGACGUCAGUUAGCUGCUUUGCAAAGUCAGAGGGAUCAGAUGCAAAGCCAGCUUGAUGCUCAGAAGAAUAAAAACCAGACAAUAGCAGAGCUGCUUGGUCAGAAAACUGUAUCUGAAGAGACAUUGCUAAAAGAACAGGAGCUGCUCAAAGCUGAAAUCCAUAAUAAAGAACAAAAUUUAGCACUCUUAUUAGAGGAAAAAGCCACCUUAGGAGAGAGAUUAUCUGAUAUGGAGGUGGAUCUAAUAAAAGCAGGAAAAACACUAGCAGACAAUGCUAGCAUCAUUGAGGAUCUUGAGAGAAACAUACAGGAACUUAAUGCUGAAGUGAAGAACCUCAAAGAAAUACAUGAGUGUGAAAGACUGGAAUAUGAGGAGAGGUUGAACUUCAGCCACCUAGAAAUCCAUAGACUUAAUGCUGAAGUAAAGGCCAAAAGUACUGAAUACAGUGAGGAAAAAGGCCAGUUGACUGAAGAAAUUGCCCAUUUGAAGAAGGCUCAUUUGGAGCUUGAGGCUCGCUUGCAGGAGUCCUUUCAGUCUGCACAAGCUGCACAGGAGGCACAAGCCAAGAUGGUGAAACAUCACAGAGAGGAAAUGGAUAAAAUGGAGACUCAGCACCGUGCUGAAUUAGCUAAAGUGAGUUUGACACAAGAGAAAGUGAUAGAAGAAUUAAAGGCUGAAAUAAAAGAUAAAGUAGAAAACCAGCAAAAGUUGGAAGAAGAAAGAAAGGAACAGAUUGCCUUAAUAAAAAAGGUACAUGAACGAGAGCAUGAUCGUGAGAUCUCUGAGCUGAUCGCUAGACAUGAAGAUGAAAUGGAGAAGCUCCGUACUAAGCUAAAUAAAGAACAGCAGCUCCUGUUGGAUGAACUUCGGCAGCAAAUGGCAGCCACACACAAAGCAGAGAUUGAGCAGGCUCAGCUCCAAUCCCAGACACUGCACAGCCUUGAACUGGAAGCUUUACGUCUAAGCUUAAAUAACAUGCAUACCUCUCAGCUUGAGCUUACACAGUCUAACUUUAGAAAAGAAAAGGAAACUGCCCUGGUGGAACUCCGGGAGAUGCUCAAUGAUAAGCGUGCUCAAGAGGUAGCAAUUCUGCAGAGCCGCCAUCAGCUGGAGUGGGAGAAGAUUAAAGAACAAUGUCUGAAGGAAAAAGAAGACCUAAUGACAAAGCAUCAGCAAGAACUAGUUGAUCAGAGGAAGAAAAUAGAAUUGGAAAUGGAAGAGAAACAUACCCAGGCAUUAGAGACUCUCAAAAGAGAUUGGGAUUUGGAGUCUGAUAUGCAUUUAAAAAACAUGGUUGAAGAGCUAUCUGGAAAACAUCAGACAGAAAUGGUGGAACUACAGAAAACUCUGGAGGUGGAAUUAGAAAAAGUCAAAGCAGAGCUGGGUCAUCUUUCUCUGGAGAAUGAGCAGUCUAAAAUAAAAUGUAUAGAACUGGAGGAGCAACACCAGUUAGCCAUUACAGAAUUACAACAGCAGCUGCAGGCUGAACAUAACCAACUCCUAGAAAAUAUGAAGAUGAAAAGCCAAGAAAAAGAAGAGAAUCUUCAGAAAGAGCUGGAGAAACUUCAGGUCAUGCAUGAAGAACUCAAGACUCGUUCGCAAGAAGAAGUCAGGCACCUUUGGUCUCAACUUGACAGUACCCGAGCAAAUCGACAAGAGCUAAGUGAUGGUGAAGCCAGAAUGCAAGUCCAUGGUCCAGAGCUGAAAGAGCAGCUUCUGGCUCGUGCAUCACAGGUGGAAGAAAUAGAGCGUUUAAAACAAGAAUUUGAACAACAGUGUCAGCAGAGAAAAAGUGAGCAUGAAGCUGAAUUGGAGCAACUGAGACUUUACUUUGAAAAGAAGCUAAAGGUUGCUGAAGAAAACUACAGAGAAGAAUUGACUUUGCUGCAUCAGAGACUGCAAGAGCUGAAGGACUAUUCACUGUCAGAGUUAGAAAUGAGUCAAGAUCAAGCAGGGGACAUCAGUUCUUCUGUCACAGUUUUUGAAGAGGCUGCUGAGAAAGAGAGAAAGGAUACGCUUGUUCAACUAAAUCAACAGCUGGAGCGACAUCAGGAAGAACUUGCCUGUUUGCAAGUACAACUUAAAGAACAACACAGGUGUGAAUUAGAUUCCUUAAGAUCUUCCCUUGCACUUCAAUAUAAAGAGGACCUAAUGAAAAUGAAAAUGGAUCUGUCAGACAAAUAUAGAACAGAAAUUGAGGAAAUGAAAAGAAAGCAUUGCUUAGAACUUGAGCAGCUCCGUGCCCAGCUUUCAGAAGAACAUUUAAAAGAAAUCACCAAACUGCACCUACGGAGUGCUCAAGAUGCAGCACGUCAGGUUGAAAUGGAGGUGGCUGAGCGAGUAUCUGUGCUGGAGGAAGAGCACAAAGCUAAGCUCUCCCUUCUCAACUCUGAGAAACAGCGUAUUGCAGAGCUUCUGGAAGAAAUAGAGCACUUAAAGGAGGAGAUUACUAAACAAAAAGAUUCCUCUGUGCAGAAUGAAAAGCACCUGAAAGAGGAAAUGGAAAAGAUAAAACAUGAGAUGGCUGAGGAUCACAAGAAUAAAUUAAGAGAAGCCAGAGAAGAAGUCCAGAAGAUAGAGACUAUGUACAAAGAAAAGGAGAACAAAUGGAAAUGUGAAAGUGAGGACCAGAGGAUCCAAGCAGAGGAGAAAUUAUCACUGUUGCGUAUAGAACUGCAGAACAGAGGCGAAUGUGAGAAGCAGGAGUUACAAAAGGAGUUUGAACUUCGUGAAGCUGAAAUGAAUCAACUUCAAGAUCACCAAGCUGCCAGAAUUCUGGAAUUGGAGAAACUGGUAAAAGAGCAGCAAAACAACUUGCAGCAGCUAGAGGACAGCCUUGCAAGUGCACAGGCUGUGCAGAAAGCUCAGGAGCAGUAUGAUGCUGACCUGCAGGCAGCCAAAACACUUAUGGCAAAAGAAAUGGAAAAGGCCACACUUUGUCUGCAGGAAGAAUGUGCACUGAAACUUAUGGAAGCACAAACCAAGUUUAUGGAGGAACACAAAGCCAUGACUCAGAAAUUCACAACUGAGCAAGAGAUUCUUCUGCAAGAGCUGAAAAAGAAACAUGUUGAUGAACUGGAGCUCCAAAAUGAGCAAUUACAGGAGAAGCAUAAGCAGCAAAUUUUGUCUCUUACAACUGAGUUUCAGACAAAGCACCAAGCUGAAAUUGAGGCACUUAAAUCUACACUAGAAAGUAAACAGCAGGUCCAGCUUGAAGCUUGUAUUGCUGAACUGCAGGAAAAGCACCAGGCACAAAUUGAUGAGCUGGAGGUUAAACACUUAUCAAACCUGGAUUCCUUAGAGUCAUCCUACCUGUCUGAAAUUCAGAAUAUUAGAGAUGAGCACAGUCAGGCUCUUGAGAAGCUACAGCUGCAGCACACAGAACAGCUCCAAGAAAAGGAUAAAAUGGGUCAAGCACGCUUGGAUCAGGAGGUACAGAUGUUGAAAUUAAAGCAUGCUGAAGAACUUGAGCUUUCCCAAAAUAAGUUGAAAAUUGAGUUAGCUACCCUUCAUAUGGAAAAACUUAAAGCCGUGGCUGUUGAAACAGAAGCAGCUCAUAAGGAUGAAUUGAACACAGCUCUUCAAAAUCAAAGAAGGUUGCUGGAAGAGGAGAAACGUCUGGCCCUGGAUAUAUUACGUGAAGAAGUGUUGAAUAUGGAGGACAAGCACAGAAAAGCCCUCCAAGAGCUUCAGGAUCUUCAUGAGACAGAAAUGAAGAAGCAUAAGGAAGAAUACUCCAGAGAGCUGGAAAAAGAACUGGGGAAACUAAAAGCACAGCAUGAGCAGGAGGAAAAGAUGUAUGCUUCUGCAUCAGCCUCUGAAGUAGAAACUGCACGAACAGCUCUUCUGGCUCAAUUUGAGGAGGUAAAAUUGAAGCAGCAGCUCCAGUUCCAGGAGGAGAUUGAGCUGCUGAAGUGUCAGUCGGAGGUACUGCUGGAGCAGCAGAUUGCACAGCUCAAGGAAGAAUUUGAAGCUGAAAAAAAGGCAUCACUGCAUGACAAGGAGCAGAUGUUGAUUCAGGAGAGGGAGAAGGCACAGGCUACUCACAAGAAGGAGCAGGAGAUGCUAUCAGCCCAGCUGCAGGAAAAUGCAGCAGUAAUUAUCCAGCUGGAAAGGAAAGUGGAGCUUUUAAACCAUGGAAUGGAGGAGACCAAUUCUGAACUGGAGACACUCCUUGAGCGGCGGGAUAGAGAAAACCUAGAAGGAGGGAAUUUGGUAGCCAUGUUGAGAUCUGAUAUUGAGCAAUCCAAAGAGGAAAGGAAAAAACUGCAGGAAUCUUACCAGCAUGUUUUGAAAUUGCUUAUGGAGUUGGUGAAGGCCACAAUAGCCGUUGAGGACCUUAUCAGUAGCAAGAUUGGUCUUUGUCUUGAUGAUAGUGUGUCUUUUGGAGAUUCUAGAGAAAGUCACAGUAUUAUGGAAGAAAUGGGAUUCAUGCAGUAUUUCAAAGCCAAAGAAGGGCAUCGCCUAGAGAAAGCUUGCGUGUCUCCAGUCGAUGAGCUGCUUGAUGAAACUCUCACAGAAGACAACCAGCUGUCUGCAGUGACUGAUGAGGGGUCUGAAUUGAGCCAAUACUUAUGUGAAAGUGUUUUUGCAAAGCCAGAAUUGGCAUGUGAAAAUGAAGAGAUGAUACUGAAAACUUGCCGCCGUUUGCACACCGCAGUGGAGAGACUUCUGGAACUGGUUACAGAAUCAACUAAACAACUGGAGAAAAUGCAUGAAAGCCAAGCGCAGUUUGAAGAAGAAUUCAGCCGCCAGAACCGGGAAACGGCCCAAGUGGUAAGUCAGCACAAGGAGAUCCUGGAGUGCCUCGGCGAGGAGAGUAAGGCCAAGAAUCAGCUGGCUUUAGAGCUUCAUAAAGCAGAGGGCAUUAUCGAAGGCUAUGUUGCAGAAAAGGCCGCCUUGGAGGAGGCCUUGAAUCUGAAAGAGGAAUCUGAACGUCGCCUUAUUGUGGAGCUGGAGGAUAUGCGUGAACGCUUCCAGGAGCUAACCCAGGAGCAAGCAAUCCUUGGAACACGUAUUGCUAAUGUAGCACAAAAAGAAGGUUCAGGUCUACUGAAGGAAGUAGAAUUUUUAGCAAAGGAGAAAUUAGAUCUUCAGUGUCAGGCAGAAAAGGACCAUUCCAACUUACGCUCUCAAAUGAAAGUGUUGGAGGUGGAACUGGAAGAACAACUGCAUAGUAAUCAGGACCUGGCUACUCAGUUAUUGGAGGUUGCUGAAUUAAAACAGCAAAUUCAAGUGCUUGAGAAACAGCUUAAAAACCAGCGACAAUUCAUGGAUGAACAAGCUAUAGAAAGGGAACACGAACGUGAUGAUUUUCAGCAGGAAAUUCAGAAACUGGAAGAACGGUUAAAACUGUCAGCAAAAUUGCAGACUUCAGGAAAACCCAGAGAGUACAGGAACGAUGAAUUGAUUCUGCAGGUAGAAUCUUUACAAGCAGAAAUAAAACAGAAAAUGGAUGACUACAAUAAGCUGUUGUUAGAAAAGGAGCAAAACCACCAAGAAAUUACAGCUCGUGACAAAGAGAUAGAAAAACUGGUGGCACAGAUUGGAGAACUGAAGCACAGCGGUACCGAAGUAUCAAAGACUGUACUCUGCUUGGAGCAACAACUGCAGAAAAUGAAGAAAGUCGAAACUGAAUUAAAACAAGAUAAAGAGGCAUUGCAACAGCAACAGUACAAUAACCUGAUUCAGAUCUCUGCCCUCCAGUCCAAAUUGGAUGAAGCAAGGCACAGACUGCCAGCAGACAGCAGUGCUGCUCCAGUGCUGAAGGAGCAGUUAGAAGCAGAGCAAGAAGCACUUCAGUCGAAAGAGAGAGAAAUUGCAAGCUUGUUAGACCAACUAGAACAAUAUAAAGAGAAUUUGAUCAGUAAAAACGAGGAGAUACUGCAGCUGAACUUGCAGUUAGAGAUGCAAGAAAAGCUUAGCACUUCCAGCAUCAGCCAGCUUCAGUCAGAGAAUGCACACUUGAAGGAGGAUUUAACAAAACUUCAUGUGAAGCAAAAUCAGGAUCUGGGUAUUAGUGAGUCCUCAACUUUGUCAUUCCCACAAGCACUACUUGAAGAAAAGAAUCAAGAAAUCGAUCACUUGAAUGAACAAAUGAGGAGGCUGCAGCACGAGCUAGAGAAUACUCUGGAGGAUAAAGUGAAAGUUGUGGAAGACCAAAAAGGUGAAAUUGAAGAACUCAGAUCACUUGUCGAGCACCUUCGCAGUGACCAGGAAAGGCUGCGUAAGGACAAAGAAGAAGAGGUAGAGCAACUCCAUGGAGUAAUUGAGAAGCUUCAGAAAGAGCUGGCACAAAUUGGACCAGUAUGUCAUGAAGUUAGUGACAACCAAUAUGAUCUCUAUCAACUUGCAUUGGGAAAGCCAGUGGAAAACCUUCAGAAUGAGUUGGAGAAGGGGCUAUUGGACUGGCAGGGUGAUAUUGAUCCAAGCAGAAGAAACAUAUUGCUACUCUCCAAAGUGAGAGAACUUCAGGAGGAGGCAGAGCUUAUCUCAGCUGCUAGAGACGCUCUGCAGCACCAACUGGAAGAGAAGGAAUCACAGUUCAAACUGGAAGUGAAAAUUCUGGAGAAAAAAUGCCAGAAAUUACAGGAGUCAUCAGAGCAGCAUGUUGCAGAGCUGACCUCUCUGAGAGCACAGUACAAUGCGCUUCAGGAAGAGCAUAGCCUUUUCCAAACCCAUUUUUCUCAGAGAGAGGCUGAAGCCAGGGCAACUUCUUCUCGCCUUCAAGAACUUGAAGAUAUUGUGAGAGAAAGGGAAGCAAAUAUUCUAGAGAAGAAUAGGCAGAUGAAGAGAAUGGCAGAUGAACGAGAAGCUGACACAACUGAGUUGCAAUACUUAACCGAAAAGGCAGCAGAGCUUCAAACCGAGCUGGAAAAGAGAGAUGCAAGUCAGGCUCAAGAUGUUUAUAGUCUUCAAUUAGAAGUUUCUAGACUUGAUUCCCAGGUGCAAGCACUGAAUCAGAAAGAAAUAGUUUAUCAGAGAGAAAUCAAUGACCUGCAAGGUAGCACUGCAAAACUGAAAGAUCAGAUCAAGGCGUAUGUGAAGGAGCUUGAAGCCUUACAGCUGGAAAGAGGUGAGCUGAUUUCACAGUUGGAGUUGUACAAGCCAAGGGAGCAACAUGAUCAUGAGGAGACUCGCCUUCCCAAGACCCUCUGUGAGAGAGAAAGAAAAGGCAUAGCCCUUAAAAGAGGAAUGGAGGAACUGGAAGAACUAGAGGCAAAUGUUGAUCAGCCACUUGCAGUACUGGCUUCCCCCAGUGAUAAACAGGACAAAGAUGAAGUUGUGUUUGACUCGAAGACUCACAAUCUAAAUCCAAAAACUCCAAUAAAGCAAUCACAAGAAAAGACCUUGAUUCAGGAAUCAAAUGCGAUCAACAACUCUGAAGAGAAGCAAGAUUUGAAAAAGCAUAGCCAGCAAAUGUUGGAAAGUCAUCAAACUCCUGAUGCUCCAAAGCACAACUUGAACAUAGGCAAAGUCAAUUUGCCGGAUUUCCAGGAUUUCAGUGCAGGUAUGGCUUCAUGGGGGUCACCAGAGAUUAUGAGAAAGCAAGACAUGAGCAUGGAAGUUCAACCUGUGCUGACACCCUUUUCGGAAGUAGAAAGCACAGAUCUUGAGAUGAUGCACACCAGGUCAUCCAUACAGGAAGAUAAUUCUGGAUUGCUGGGAUAUCCUAACCCGUAUGAAAACAGCAGUGACGAAGCAGCAGUGGGAGUAGAUAGAAAAUCUCCUGCUUUCUCUGAAAGUACCUACUCUGUUGAUGACGACCAAGAUAUGGAGAAGAAGAUCUUGCAGAGGAGAGAAGCUGAUAAUCUAACUUUAACCCCUUCGGAUUUACAAGAUGAUGUAAGAUCAAGAGCAUCUGCUGUAGAUGAGAUGAGUGAUGGAUAUGGCAGCAAUACCAGCUCGAAUUUUGCAGCUAAACUAAAGCAGGAGCUACAGACAUCAGAGCACCUGGAUGCUAGUUUCAUGGCUUAUCUGCAGUACCGUGGAAUGUUUCCAGAUUUUAUGGAAUCAGUGAGAGAAAAGGAAAUACUUUCACCACAGCUGAAGACUGUGCUGAAGAUGGUGUAUGAGGAGAGCCGCAAAAUCCUGGCUUUGUCAGAAUGUCCCUUUGAUUUAAGGGAGCUGAAAAAUGUCCAUCAGACCCGAGCAGCAAUGGAGGGAUGUCAGAAGGAGGGCUUAGCUCUGCUGGAUGCUAUACAGUCGCUGAAAGAUUACCUUGGCAAGGUGGCAGAUAGAGGAGACAAGGAAUUUUCAGGUAUUGCUGCUGACUGGAGAGGAGAACUUCUGCAAGCAGUACAGACUGUGUUUGAGAAGGAGAGAACUGUGUUGCAAAUUGACUUGAAGUCUCACUUCUCCAAUCCUGGGGCUGAUGGGAAUGGUUCAUUAGUAGAAAAACUGGAGUACAUCAUGAAACAGCAGGAGGAACAGAGGCAGAUGGUCGUAGAGCACCUUUUCUCCUCAGACCGGAAUAGCUUGCUCUCUGAAAUACAGGAUCUCCGAGCACAGCUACGUAUGACGCAUCUUCAGAACCAAGAGAAGCUACAGCAGUUACAGGAAACCCUUACCAAUGCAGAAGAAAUUGGGAGCAAACGAGAACAUCACCUUCGGAGGAAAGUUGAAUUAUUAGAAUAUAAGCUUCAGGAGGAAAAAUCUAUUGUAAGUGACUUGCACAGCACCCUGUCUGAGGAGCAGAAGAAAGCCUCUGAAACGUGUGAUCUGUUGAAUCAAGAAAAAGCAGCCCUGAAAUCAGAGCUUUCUGAAAGUAAACAAGAGAAUGAAAGGCUGCAGAAAUCCCUAGAAGAGCUUCAGAGGGAAUUGAGCCAGUUACGGUCUGAGUUGGAUAAAAAAGAAAAGGCUUUGACAACUGCACUUGAAGAUUUGAAGGCUGAGCAUCUGAAGCAAACUGAGCUACAAGAUCUAUUUGAGGAACAGCAGCUUCAGCGUAAGAAAACAGAAUAUGAAAAGACAAAGGCCUUGGAGGAGCUGCAGGCUGCCUUGGAGCUGCAGUUGAUGCAGAAGAGCCAGCUGGCGGUUUCCUUGGAGCACGAGCAAGCAGUCAGUGAUAAUCUCCGCAAGGAACUUCAGAUUGAGCACUCCCGCUGUGAAGCAUUGCUGGCCCAGGAACAGGCCAAGCUGUCAGAGCUCCAGAAAAAUCUGGAUGCUGAGAAAAACCGCUCUUUGGAGCUCCUGAAUUCCUUGAAUCACGAACGUGUUUUGACAGAACAGUUGAGCGUGAGAGUGAAGGAAGGUGCUUCUUGUCAGUACAGGGAGUCACUGCUGGAGCAAGCCUUUGUUCGAGAGCUCCAAGCCCAGCUGGAAGAAGAAAGGUCCCGAAGCAUGGAGCUAGCUGCUAUUAUUGAGAAGAUGCACCAGAAGGCCAUUCGUUCCAAAAGGCAGCUGGAGGCUGAGGUACAGAUGUGCUGUGAAGAAACCCAGAAGGAGAGAGAAGUCAAUGACAAGUUACGAGCUAUGCUGGAAUCUCUCCAGGCUCAAAAGCAAGAGGUAAUCCGGUCCUUAGAGGCCCAGAAGGAGAGGGAGGCAAAGCUGAAAGCUGACUGGGAACAACUGCAGUUGCUCUACAAGGCCAUGAAAGAGCAAGAUAAAAACAAGAAAGAGGAGAGAGACAGAGAAAGGAGACAGCAGCAACACACAGAGGUAGAGAAGCAGAAGAGCUGGCAAAGAGAUCAAGAGAGACUGCAGAACUUGGAACAGCAACAUCAGAGGGAUGAACAAAGAAUUAAGGAACUGCAGGGAGCACUGGCAAUAUUAGAAGAACGCAGUCAUCUGUCACUCAGCCAUCAGCAAGAACUGUCGUGUACCUCAAAGAAAGAUCGAAACGUGAAACAGGCCAUGACAAAAGAAACUGAGAAACCACAUUUGCAACAGCAGCAGCAACAGCUAGAGAAGAUAAGGCAGCAGCUGCUUUCUGUAGCUGUGCACCUGAACGAGUUCAUAGAUAAAACCGUUGAUAAAACAAUCAAUGAUUGGCCUAUAUCAAGUGAUGAAGCUGUAGCCUCUUUACUGCAGACAUUAAAGGAACUAAAAUCAGAUUUAUUGUCUCCUCCUGCAUCUCAGAUCAGAUCUACGUGUGAUACCAACUCUGUUCAAGAACUGGAAAGAGAAUCCUGGCAGCAAGAGAGGAACAUUUUGCAGAAAGCUCUGAAACAGGCUGAAUCAGAACUGGCUAAAGCCAGUGCUGGAACUGCAAAUAAACCACUGGUAGAAACUUCCAGUCCUAAGUUGCAGAGAUUAUAUAGGAAGUACCUCAGAGCAGAGAGCUUUAGAAAGGCUUUGGUUUAUCAGAAGAAAUACCUUUUGCUGCUUCUCGGUGGUUUUCAGGACUGUGAACAAGCCACCCUCUCCCUAAUAGCACGCAUGGGAAUCUACCCCUCGCCUGCAGACCUGCAGCUUUCUGGAUCACGUUCCCGUCCUUUUACCAAGUUCAGAUGUGCAGCCAGGGCAAUCAUUGCCAUAUCAAGGUUAAAGUUUUUGGUGAAGAAGUGGAACAAAGUUGGCAGGAAGAGCACACAGGCUGAAACCAUUGCUCACAGUACAGAAGGUUACACAGCCCCUGGAGCUAGAACUGAGGUCCUGGAUGAGCUGCAGCCCCCAGCCGUGAGCUCCCCCCCUACCCGGGACACCGGGCUGCGCCCCAGAACCAGCUCCACAAGGUCGGGGACCCCCUGCCCCAGAGCAUCCCACCGCCUACCCCGCAGACUGCAUCCAUCCACAAGUUCGGGUUCAGAAAAGUCACUUGUGCCUACUGAGGAUCCUGAACGAUCACUAACGGAAUACAUCCAUCGCCUGGAGGUUAUCCAGCAAAGACUGGGGGGUAUGCACCCAGGACAAGUUCCAGGCCCUCCUCGCCAGAGGAACAUGAAGUGAUGAGGAUGCUCCUGAGAUCCCUACUGCAACACCUUUCCUCAGUUACUGCUUUCUUCUGAGUCGGUCCAUACAUAACAGAGGCACUUGCAACCUCUUGUGCAACUGAAUAAAUGGCAGUGCUUUUGCAUCGUUUUUUCUAUAUGACUUUUUAUUAUAUUUUAGUACUUUAAGAGGAAAUUACUUUUCACUAAGAACAGUGUUUUACAUUCUCAUGUGAAAUGACUACAUUAACAGCUGAAGUGUGCCUGCCUUGCUGUACUGUAAGUUGCAAAGAGUCUCUUUGGUGUUUAUUUUUCUAUAGUGUAUAGGUGGGCUCCUUGUAAAAAAAAAAAAGUUAUUAAAAUGACAUUUUAUUAGUGAAUGCUUA